AGACGUUGCAAAAGAGGAUCGGCUAUUUUCGGCAAACAUCGUCGGUUUCGACUCGGUCAGGAUGGAGGAAGAGGCACGAAGGCUUCUCGAAGAAGGGAUCAGGAAAAAAUUGAUUAGUCCGGGUAAAGGACAGGUUUCGACCUUCACCGAUGGAACAAAGGUGGUCUUCCACUACCGGACUAGCCUGUGUGAUGGCACUGUGCUGGAUGACUCCAGGAACAUGGGGGGUUGCAGCAAACCAAUGGAGCUCAUCUUGGGGAAAAAGUUUAAACUGGCUGUGUGGGAACAAAUAGUCAUCUCUAUGAGAGAGGGAGAAAUUGCAGAAUUUACAUGUGACACCAAACACACCGCACUCUACCCUCUGGUGUCCCAGUCACUUAGGAACAUCAGCAUCGGUAAAGACCCUCUGGAAGGCCAGAGGCAUUGCUGUGGCAUUGCUCAGAUUCACUCCCACCACUCGCUAGGCCACAAGGACCUGGAUGACCUUCAGGCUAAUCCACAGCCUCUUGUUUUCACCAUUGAGCUCAUGAAGGUUCUUCCUCCGGGGUCGUUCCAGCUUGAUGCCUGGGCCAUGACGGACGAGGAGAAGCUGGCUUCUGUCCCUCACGUCCAUGAGGAGGGCAACCUGCUGUACAAGCAAGGCCGAAUACAGGAGGCCACCGACAAAUAUUACAAUGGCAUCGCUUGCCUGAAAAAUCUACAGAUGAAGGAGCAUCCAGGAGAUGAAGCGUGGCUCAAGUUGGACCACAUGAUCACACCUCUCCUCCUCAACUACUGCCAAUGCAAGUUGCUCCAAGGCCACUACUACGAAGUCAUCGAACACUGCUCAUCACUCACAUUCAAAUAUGAGAACAACGUAAAGGCCUUCUACAAGCGAGCGAAGGCCCAUGCUGCAGUGUGGAACGAGACCGAGGCCAGAGCGGACUUCGCAAAGGUACUGGAGUUGGACCCAUCUCUCGGACCAUCUGUGGCCAAGGAGCUGCGAGCCAUGGAGGAACGAAUACGCUCCAAGGAGAAAGAGGAAAAGGGGCGCUACAAAGGCCUGUUCACUUAUAAUUCACCGCCACCAACUGCCACCACGGGUUGAAGACAUAUGAAAUGAGAAGAGGCCUGUGAAUUUCAAGGAGAGGGCAUAUAAAACACAUGCUGGUGUUUGUUUGAUCCACACUCAAAACAAACUGUCCUCCGUUGAGACACGUGAUGCUCCCAAAGUCUGCUUUGCUCCCAUUUUUUUCCUGCAACAGCAAUUCAAAGUCUCAAACGUCUUUUAGUCUGUUUAUAAGCCCUUUUGCUCCCUCACAUUGAGCUUCAUUGUGUAAAUAAUUGUCACACAAUUUUUUCAGCCCAUGCUUUAUAUAUAGAUAGAUAUAUACUUUUAAUCAAAGCUAAAUUGAGAACAUUACUCAUAGUCACAGCUCCCCCUGUCCUUCCGGUCCUCAUUAGUCUCAGGAUUAACAUUGGACAGAUGGAGACGUUGCUAAUCAUAAAACAACACACUUCAACAUUUCUGUAUGUAUCUCUUUCUUAUUUGUCAUGUAAAAAAGCUUUUGUGCACUUGUCUAAGCAUCAUCUGUAGUCUGAGGAAAACAGAUGACGGUGAAGCUGUGGAUGGGUUUCACCCUGAUCAAAUGUCACUGAAGCAACACUUAUGUAAAAAAAUAAAUAAACAUGUUUAUUCAUGGGAUGGCAUCUUUUCAUAUUUCCCGUGUGGUUCGACAAAGUAUUUUCAGCAUAAGUAGAUCGAAAGUCUAAGACAAGACAUUACAAGUGCUGACUUGUUUUGUAUCUUUUAAUUAAGAUAUACAUACUGAACUGCAAAAGUUUGGUUUACAAAAUUCCCACAUAACAAAUUGACUUGAGAUGUACAGUACAUAGUCUUUGUUGAUUGACCAGAAAAAAAGGACCAAAGCAAGAAAUAAACUGGCUCUAUUCAAAAUUAAAACCAAGGUUGAAGGAGGGGGGGUUACCUGGUCAUUUUGGCUGUGUUGACCACAUAAAAUUUGAUAUGUGUUUAAUGCAUGGCUCACCUUGAAUCGCCACAUCUGGGGAGGAAAAAAAUUAAAACUUGAAGUUUAAAAAGAAGGGCCAGGUGGAAUGACAAGGAAACAAUGCAAUUGUAUAAAGCCAACCAAGAAGGAUAAAAAAAAUUAAAGUUUAAAAAUAGAGAAUGGAUAAGAGGGAAUAGCUGGGGAUGAGAAAAUGUUAUGUACGGGCGCUUCUUUCUGUCUCUGCUAGA